UAAAAAUGAUCCAUUUGGGUUCACUGUCUUGCACUUUCAGUUCCCUCUUCAUUCCUCCAUGCAGACCCCUUCUGUCUGUUUCUUUUUCUGGUUCUUCUUCCUUUUUGCUAUAACUUUCUGCCAUGGCAGCGACUUGACAACCGUUGAGGUUGUCGGGGUCGGAGAAUGUGCAGACUGCCACAAGAACAACAUUAAAACCACUCAUGCCUUCACAGGGCUUCGUGUCAGCAUCGACUGCAAGCUGAAGGAUGGAAGCUUUGAAAGAAAAGGGUUUGCAGAGCUUAAUGAAGAAGGGAAGUUCAAAGUGUUGCUUCCAACGGAGGCUUUGAAAGAUGGAAAGUUGAAGGGUAAGUGCUUUGCUCUGCUUCAUAGUGCUUCUUCUACUCCUUGUUCAUCUCCUGAUGGCUUGGAAUCCUCCAUGAUUGUGUUGAAAUCCAAUGGUAAUGGAAAACAUACAUUUGGUCUGCCUGGUGCGCUUAAGUUUGAAAGUGGAACUUGUGUUUCUGCCUUCUUUUGGCAUUAUCAUCAUCCUCCUUUGCCUCCUAUUGUCUUCCCUCCUCAUCCUCCAUUGUUUGGUCAUCCAUAUUUCCCUCCUUACCAUCACAAAUUCUUCCCUCCACCCACCCCGGAAGAGCCACCCGUCCCCGAAAAGCCUCCACCGGUUUAUGAGCCUCCCCCAGUUCCUGAAAACCCUCCACCGGUCAAUGAGAAGCCUCCUCCAGUCUACGAAAAGCCUCCUCCGGUCUACGAAAAGCCUCCUCCGGUCUACGAAAAGCCUCCUCCGGUCUAUGAAAAGCCACCACCGGUCUACAAGCCAAAACCGAAAAAGCCAAAAAAGCCGAAAAAGCCGAAAAAGCCGAAACCACCAGUCUACGAGCCAAAACCUCCAGUCAACGAGCCAAAACCACCAAAACCACCAGUCUACGAGCCAAAACCUCCAGUCAACGAGCCAAAACCACCAAAACCACCAAAGCCACCAGUCAAUGAGCCAAAACCACCAAAACCACCUGUUUACGUGCCAAAACCACCCGUUUACGUGCCAAAACCACCCGUUUACGUGCCAAAACCACCCGUUUACGUGCCAAAACCACCCGUUUACGUGCCAAAACCACCCGUUUACAUGCCAAAACCACCAGCACCAGUCUACAAGCAUCCAUUUUACAAGAUUCUUCCUCCAAUUUCAAAGCUUCCUCCAUGUCCACCAGUUCCUAAGGUCAUCCCUGUUAUCCCUCCAAAGUACUUAUCCCACCCCAAGUUUGGCAAGAAGUUUCCUCCUCUUCAUCCUCCUGUUCCACACCCUUAGGACAAAUAUAUCUGCAAGAAUUAGUUCAGGAGUGCUAUAUAUAAGUUCAUAUAUAUGUUUGAAUUGGCUGCCAUUUGUUAGUAGUAAGGAAGCUGCUUGGUGUCAUAUUUUAUAUAUUAGCUUCAACCUUUGUUGUUGAUGUAAUAAAGUCUUCACGUGGAUAUCACAAGAAGAAACAAAUUUAUAGGGAAAGAGAGAGUAUAUUGUGGAGUUUGUGUUUAUAGUUUGUUUUGUGUUGUAAAAGUGACAUGAAAUUGGUUGGUUGUGGACAUUGAUCCAUGUAUUCAAUAUAAAGCUACGAGAACCCGACCUUUCUA